CGCCGCUGUUGCCCGACAGCGUGCCAGCCCGCUUGGGGGCGCCGCGGAGCCAGCGAUCGGGACGCGCCAAGGGGUUUCUCGGCGACCUUAAAAGCCCCUCGGCGGACGCAUGGCUGGGCAGCGCUCCCCGGUAACUGCGCUUCUCGGCGGCCUUCCCUGCUUUCGCUCGGGUCGGGCUGGGCCAGCCCUCGGCGCUCGCUCGCCGCGGAGCUGAUGCGCCUUGCUGGUGCGUUUUUACGCUCGGCUGGCGGCGCGGCCGGGCACCAUGGGGGACCCCCAGCCGCCUCCGCCGCUGCCCCUCCGGGCCCGCCUCAGCUACUCGGUGGGCCACUUCCUCAACGACCUCUGCGCCUCGAUGUGGUUCACCUACUUGCUGGUGUAUUUCCACUCCGUCUUGGGCUAUAGCACCAGCCACGCGGGGGCGCUCUUGCUGGCGGGGCAGGUGGCCGACGGCUUCUGCACGCCCCUGGUGGGCUACGAGGCGGAUCAGGGCCGCGGCUGCGGGCGCUACGGGCGGAGGAAGUCCUGGCACUUGGCUGGGACCGUCUGCGUCCUCCUCUCCUUCCCCUUCAUCUUCAGCCCCUGCCUCGGCUGCUCGGAGAACACCCCCCAGUGGGCCGCCCUCAUCUACUUCAUCCCCUUCGUCGCCAUCUUCCAGUUUGGCUGGGCAGCCACUCAGAUCUCCCACCUCUCGCUCAUCCCGGAGCUGGUGACCAGCGACCAUGACAAGGUGGAGCUCACGGCCUUCAGAUAUGCCUUCACUGUCAUGGCGAACAUCACGGUCUAUGGGGUGGCCUGGCUGCUCCUGCACUUCCAGGGGGGCUGCCCUGGGCCCCAGGAGCACACCCAGCACCUUGGACGUCACGACAUCCCCGUCUUUCGGAACCUGUCUCUGAUUGUUGUCGGGGUGGGCGCCAUCACAUCGCUCCUCUUCCAUCUCGGCACCAAGGAGAAAAGUCGCCCGCUUGCCAGGUUGCCGGACCCCGAGGAACACACGCCGCUGCUGCCUCCGGACCAGAAAAGCCCCGUCCGGCCCCUCCUCCUGUGGAAGAACUGGCUCCUGGAGCCCGCCUUCUACCAGGUUGCGAUGUUGUAUAUGGCCACCCGGCUGAUCGUCAACCUCUCUCAGACCUACAUCGCCAUGUACCUGACCAACUCGCUGCUGCUUCCAAAGAAAUUCAUCGCCACGAUCCCCUUGGUGAUGUACAUCAGUGGCUUCCUUUCCUCCUUCUUGAUGAAAACUGUGAACAAGAGGAUCGGCAGGAACCUCACCUACUCUCUGGGCUUGCUGACCAUCUUGGCGUUUGCUUGCUGGGUGGCCCUGGCCAAGCAAAUUGGCUUGGAGGUCUAUGGGGCAGCCAUUCUCCUUGGGGCCGGCUCGGCUACUAUUCUCGUGACGUCCCUCUCCAUGACGGCCGACCUCAUCGGGACCAACACGCACAGCGGGGCCUUCGUCUAUGGAGCCAUGAGCUUCACAGAUAAAGUUGCCAAUGGGGUGGCCGUGAUGAUCAUCCAGAACCUGCACCCUUGCCCGACUGAGCUCUGCUGCAACAGCUGUGUGGCAUUCUACCACUGGGUGAUGGUGGCCGUCACUGGUGGCAUGGCUGUCGUGGCCACUCUCUUCCUCGCCUGCGUCAUGAUAUGGCCCGUCCGGGUCCGGUUCCAUGACAUCUCUGUCACGGGGCUGGCCGGAUCUGGCAGAUCCAGAGAACUCAGACACCCCGAGGGCGGAGAGCAGUCCGCUGUUGUCAACUGAGGCUCUGCCUUCUCGGAAGGAGGGAGUCGACCUGGGAAACGUCGGGUGAUGCCACAGCGCAGAAGAGCCAAAGAUUUGGCCAUCCUCUGCUUGAUCCAAUACGGUUUCGCUGCUUCUCUUUCCUGGGAAUGGAACUGUUGGCAACUAUUUCGCUCCCUUCUCUGCCUUCACCCUUGCCCCCAAGCACAUUUUGCACAAAUCUGUUUUGCCACCAGGGGACAGCUCCUCCACCCCGCCCUUCCUUUGCACAUUGAACGCAAUGUUACUAGGCCACGUGAAGGAAUACAUUCUCCACCCACUCCCCAUUUUCCCUCCCUCCAACAGACCACUUUUUCUUUUUCAAAUCUACUUGCGUGUAAAAAUUAUAAAUAAAGGUGUGUUUUAAUUAAAAAAAGAAGGAGGCAAGAAA